ACUGUGUGCCUUCAUCUAAGCUGCCCCUGCUUCUCUCCCCUCCAUCCCUCGCCUGGCCCUGUCCUCCCUACUCUCCCCUGCACCCUCCCCCGCCCCAAGCUCCCCACAAAUGGCCAAAGCAGCAGUGUGAGGCAAUCGCUCUAUCCUUGACCCCUUCCUUUGCACAGUGAGUGAUGGCGUUUUUAUCUCCUGAUGAUGAUGCACAGCCUUCAGCGGGGGGCAUUUAAGACGCAGAACACCAGGUCCAGGCUGCAGCUGCGGGACUCAGAGGCGAAGCUUGAGGGGCUCAGGAAGGACGAAGAACCACCCUUGAGAGAAGAGGCAGCAGCAGCGGCGGCAGCGACCCCACCACUGCCACAUUUGCCAGGAAACAAUGCUGCUAGCGACAUUCAAGCUGUGCGCUGGGAGCUCCUACAGACACAUGCGCAACAUGAAGGGGCUGAGGCAACAGGCUGUGAUGGCCAUUGGCCAGGAGCUGAACCGGAGGGCCCUGGGGGGCCCCACCCCUAGCACGUGGAUUAACCAGGUUCGGCGGCGGAGCUCUCUGCUCGGUUCUCGGCUGGAAGAGACUCUCUACAGUGACCAGGAGCUGGCCUAUCUCCAGCAGGGGGAGGAGGCCAUGCAGAAGGCCUUGGGCAUCCUUAGCAACCAAGAGGGCUGGAAGAAGGAGAGUCAGCAGGACAAUGGGGACAAAGUGAUGAGUAAAGUGGUCCCAGAUGUGGGCAAGGUGUUCCGGCUGGAGGUCGUGGUGGACCAGCCCAUGGAGAGGCUCUAUGAAGAGCUCGUGGAGCGCAUGGAAGCAAUGGGGGAGUGGAACCCCAAUGUCAAGGAGAUCAAGGUCCUGCAGAAGAUCGGAAAAGAUACAUUCAUUACUCACGAGCUGGCUGCAGAGGCAGCAGGAAACCUGGUGGGGCCCCGUGACUUUGUGAGCGUGCGCUGUGCCAAGCGCCGAGGCUCCACCUGUGUGCUGGCUGGCAUGGCCACAGACUUCGGGAACAUGCCUGAGCAGAAGGGUGUCAUCAGGGCGGAGCAUGGUCCCACUUGCAUGGUGCUUCACCCGUUGGCUGGAAGUCCCUCUAAGACCAAACUUACGUGGCUACUCAGCAUCGACCUCAAGGGGUGGCUGCCCAAGAGCAUCAUCAACCAGGUCCUGUCCCAGACCCAGGUGGAUUUUGCCAACCACCUGCGCAAGCGCCUGGAGUCCCACCCUGCCUCUGAAGCCAGGUGUUGAAGACCAGCCUGCUGUUCCCAACUGUGCCCAGCUGCACUGGUACACACGCUCAUCAGGAGAAUCCCUACUGGAAGCCUGCAAGUCUAAGAUCUCCAUCUGGUGACAGUGGGAUGGGUGGGGUUCGUGUUUAGAGUAUGACACUAGGAUUCAGAUUGGUGAAAGUUUUUAGUACCAAGAAAACAGGGAUGAGGCUCUUGGAUUAAAAGGUAACUUCAUUCACUGAUUAGCUAUGACAUGAGGGUUUAGGCCCCUAAAAUAAUUGUAAAACUUUUUUUCUGGGCCCUUAUGUACCCACCUAAAACCAUCUUUAAAAUGCUAGUGGCUGAUAUGGGUGUGGGGGAUGCUAACCACAGGGCCUGAGAAGUCUUGCUUUAUGGGCUCAAGAAUGCCAUGCGCUGGCAGUACAUGUGCACAAAGCAGAAUCUCAGAGGGUCUCCUGCAGCCCUCCGCUCCUCCCGGCCACUGCACAGCAACACCACAGAACAAGCAGCACCCCACAGUGGGUGCCUUCCAGAAAUACAGUCCAAGCUUUCUCUGUGGAAAAAGACAAAACUCAUUAGUAGACAUGUUUCCCUAUUGCUUUCAUAGGCACCAGUCAGAAUAAAGAAUCAUAAUUCACACAAAACAUCAGUCUUUGUUUUAAUAUUGUACUGUUAAAAAAAAAAAUCUAUGCAGCUGGGUGCAGUGGCUCACGCCUGUAAUCCCAGCAUUUUGGGAGGCUGAGGUAGGCGGAUCACAAGGUCAGGAGAUCGAGACCAUCCUGGCCAACAUGGUGAAACCCCAUCUCUACUAAAAUACAAAAAAUUAGCUGGGUGUGGUGGCGCAAACCUGUAGUCGUAGCUACUUGGGAGGCUGAGGCAGGGGAAUCACUUGAACCCGGGAGGCGGAGGUUGUAGUGGGCCGAGAUUGUGCCACUGCGCUCCAGCGUGGGUGACAGAGUGAGACUCCAUCUCAAAAAAAAAAAAAAAAAAAAAAAAAUCUAUGCUAGUAGAUUACAACUUCACACUAGAGGAGUUCUGGACAAAGCUUUUAAUUAGUCAAACUAAAUUAAGGCUCAUUAAAAGGAAAGGAACUACUGGGAAAUUAUGCAAUUCAAUAAUUUAGACUCUGUUACCAGGAUCUUUCAUAAAAAUUUAAUUUCCAUAAUCAUAACCUAAAUGAGUUCUUAAAGAAUUCUAUAAGCAAUAGCUGAUUAAUGGGCCCUGGAAGAUGAUUAUAACUGUUUAUUUACCUAAUUAAAAGGAAAGGCAGUGCCAAAUAUGAGAGGAUAAACAAUAUUAGUUAACAUUUCUGUUAUUUAUGAUGCCAAUUAGUAGUAAGAUAAUUCCACAGCUGUCAACUUUGUUUGGGGCUGGCAACUUCUCUGCUUAAACAGGCUAAAAGUUUAGUAUUCUGGGAGAAGUGGCUGGAAGAAGGGGUAAUAUGGUGAAAGUAAAUUCCCUUUCCCAGGAGUCAAGAGAAUUUAUGUGAGGUGGCUCCCGCCUGUAAUCUCAGCACUUUGGGAGGCCAAGGCAGGCAAUCACCUGAGGGCGGGAGACCAGCCUGACUAACAUGGAGAAACCCCAUCUCUACUAAAAAUACAAAAUGAGCUGGGCGUGGUGGUGCAUGCCUGUAAUCCCAGCUACUUGGGAGGCUGAGGCAGGAGAAUCGCCUGAACCCGGGAGGCGGAGGUUGAAGUGAGCCAAGAUCGAGCCACUGUACUCCAGCCUGGGCGACAGAGCGAGGCUGUCUUAAAAAAAAAAAAAAAAAAAAAUUAUACACACACACACACACAUUGGGAUGGGAGGGGGGUAGGGAGGAUGAAAAAAUCACCAUUACCACCUGAAGCUUUUCCAUUCUUGUUUUAAUAGCAUUGAUGAUUUGCACCAUUUGGAGAUAGAGCUCUGGCUUAUUUAUUAUAAAACAGGAGCUGGGCACAGUGGUGCCUACCCACAAUGCCAGCUACUCUGAAGGCUGAGGUGGGAGAAUUGCUGGAGGGCAAUUUGAAACCAGUCUGGGCAAGAUAGUGAGACCUCAUCUC